AUGAGUCUACAUCAUCUGUUAAACUGUUCUUUGUGGUGGCAUGGACCCAGAUGGGUGAAUGCUUUGGAUAUCGCUUGGCCGAAAAAUCCAGUCUCGAGAAAAGAAUGCGGUGAAGUUCCUGAACUUAGGAAGGUUGUUUCAUUAGUAGCAACUACGCAACCAGAAGAUAUAAUCAAUCGUUACUCACACCUGAACCGGUUGAUUCGCACCUGCGCGUGGUGGCACCGUUUCCGCGAGAAUACCCGUUGCGAAGCAAGCGUCCGUGUGAUCGGUUCGUUAUCCUCCGCGGAAAUUGACCGCGCGUUAAUCACUCUCGUUCGUCGUGUCCAAGAAGAACACUUUGCUCUAGAUAGGAGGCAAUUGGAGCGGAACCAAAAGUUACACCCGAAAUCUAAGCUGAGAUUUCUGAAACCGCAACUAGUUGAUGGCCUUAUUCGAGUUGGUGGCCGGUUGCAUCAUUCCGCUCUCGCCAUCGACGAAAAACAUCCCAUCGUGCUUCCGGCAAAACAUCACCUCACCACGUUAAUUGCGAGACGUUAUCACGAGAAAACCAUGCAUGGAGGCCCUAAUUUGCUGCUGUCAACAAUUCGUCAAAGGUUCUGGCCACUUAGGGGCCGGGAAUGCGUCCGUUCAAUUGUACACGACUGUAUCACUUGCACCCGUGCUCGCCCCAGAUCGUUGGAACAGUUGAUGGGCGAUCUACCACCGGUCCGAGUAAACAAAUCCUUUCCCUUUGAAAAUGUGGGAGUGGAUUUCGCCGGACCUGUAUUCCUGAAACCACCUAAUCGGAAGGCAGACCCUGUAAAGGGGUACGUUGCGGUAUAUGUGUGCCUUGCAGUCAAGGCGGUCCACCUAGACCUAGUUCCGGAUAUGACGACUGACGGAUUCAUCGCCAGUCUACGACGCUUCACAGGCAGACGUGGAAAACCCAGCACCAUCUACUGCGAUAACGGUCGCAAUUUUGUUGGAGCCCAACGAGAAUUAAGCGAGCUACGUAAACUCUUCCUGACACAACGCCAUCGGGAUGCCGUAACUAACGAAGGCAUCGAUAAUGGCAUUCACUUUCUCUUCAUUGCACCCCGCUCUCCAUCAUUAGGAGGAAUAUGGGAGGCGGCGGUCAAAUCGAUGAAGCUGCAUCUUCGUCGCAUCAUGGGAAAUGCAAUGCUCACCGAAACCGAAUUUACGACCGCUCUCAUUCAGGUAGAAGCGGCACUCAACUCUCGUCCAAUAACUCCCAUGUCAGAGGACCCUCAGGAUUUACAACCAUUGACGCCGGGACAUUUUCUGGUAGGUAAGCCAUUAAACGCAAUACCCGAACCAGAUCUCAGCGGAAUUCCCGAAAGCCGCCUUUCUCGAUGGCAACGUGUUCAAAAUCUCAGUCAGCACUUUUGGCGACGCUGGCACCACGAAUAUCUCAACACGUUGCAGAAUCGUUAUCGUUGGACGGAAGAAACAUCAAAUCUCGCGAAGAAUGCAAUAGUGCUGCUACGAGAUGAGAAUCUUCCCCCACAGCGGUGGGCGAUCGGCAGAGUCGUUGACGUUCACCCAGGCGAAGAUGGACUGGUUCGUUUGGCAUCUGUAAAAACCAACAACGGAAUCACCCAGAGAGCAGUGAACAAAUUGUGCCUACUACCAGUGGAAGUUAGCCCGAGUGAUCUAACCCAGUCCAGAUCUAUCACACCCAUUUCAUCUCACGAGGAAAAAUAA